AUGAAUGAGGUAAUAGAACUCAUCCAAAGUGAGAGUGCAACUGAAGGCGAUUUGCAGAUAAUCGAGGAAUCAUGCAAUACUUCGGUCGUUAUUGAUCUAGCGAUGGAGGAAUCAGACCAACAAGAAACUCCGAAGAAAAGAUAUCCUUCAUCUCCAGUGAUUCAUCCUGAUAUACUAGUUAUUGAUGAAAUUAAGACAAGAGAGAAUGACGAGAACAUGGAUUCCUGUGAGUUGUCUGUACCAUUUUGCCAGGAUAUAAGCGCUAAUAGUAAAGUCUCUAAUGUUAUCUCAUCACAUCAUUCCAUGAGCUAUAUUCAUGAUAUUGAUACUCAUAUGCCAAAUGAAAAAUUUGGUACCCCACAAACAGGCACAAACAUUAAAUCAAAAAAUAAGCGGUUAUUAGAUGAUUUAAUAAGUGAUGAUCUUUCACCGUUCACAGAUAUCGCUAGUGGUAACUCCAGUAACAAAAAAACUAAUCUGAAAGAUCUCUCCAGUAAAUGGGGGAUUGGAUUGGAAAAACUGCCAGAUCCUAAACCAUCUGAUUUUCUUACAGCUUCCCCCCUAAAUGAUUUUGAAAUAAUUGAUGAUCGGGCAAUUCAAGAAUUAAAAUUAUCCAAAACAAAAGGUGUUCAAAGUUCACAGAAUGUCCUAUCUGAUUUUCCUCUUUCUUCCCCUACUGCAAGAAAAAAUUCUUCUUUGGUCUCAAGAUCCCAGGAGGCAUUAAAACCACUAGAUACUGAUGUUUCUGUGGAAAACAAUCCAAAUGAAGCUGCUCCUUCCGUGAAAAUACGAAGAGAACUAGAAGAGAGAAGUAAAUUAGAAUUAUCAAGGGCAAGAAGGGAAAAAAACAACAAAGCAAGCCUGGAAACAAGUGAACUUAUGAACAAAGAUGCACCAGAUAUUAUCGAGUUGAAUUUAUCGAAAUUUCUUGAUGAGGAUGAUUCAACUGAUGGACUGAAUUUAAGAUCCACACCUAUUAAAGCCACCAGGACUGCAAGUCAGCCCAAUCCAAGGUUAAAUAAACAUGUUUCCGUUGUUCUUCCGAUCCAAAGAUCAAAAACUAUGGAUGCAUCUGAGUUUAAUUCUGACCUCUUCCUUCAUGACAAUAAUUAUCAGGAUAAUCUAAAAGCUUAUAUCGUUAAUGGGAAAGAAUUUACUCACGACGAAUCUGAAACAAUGGUUAGACAUUGGCUAAAAGAAAAUAAGGAAGCUUUUAAACAGGUUAACCAAAUAUACAGGGAUAAUCAAAAGGCCAGAUCACAGAUUAUUAUUGAGAUGACUAAAGAGCUACUAAGCUCAUUUAUUAAAACACAAGAUGAUUUUGAAACUUUACUAGAGCCAGCUACUAUACAAACCAGUUAUGACGAUUCUGUUCCUUUGAUAAGAUUUUUAAGAAGAUGUGACAGUGUAUAUGAUUUUUCUCAUGAUUAUUAUUAUCCCUGUGCUCCAAAAAUAAUUGAGGAGAAUAUCUGUUUGCUAUAUUUUGAUGCGCAAGAUUUUUUUCAACGAUAUACUAAUGAUAAGAAGGAGUUAUACAAGAUGACACGGUCGUUCUCAAAAAGAAAUAAGUAUGUUAUUUUGGUUCUCAGUGAAUUAAACAAAUUGAAAAAAGCGAUUGACAAUCUAGAAGAUAAAAGAUAUAAAGAACGGGUGAACGAGCGUUUAUCUGGAUCACCAUCUAAGACCCAAUCUAAAAAAGCUCAAACUAAAAUGGAUGAAAUUAGAAAUCUCAAUAUGAAUAAAGACGAUCUAGAAAAAAGAAUUCGUUUUAUCGAUAGAGAAUGGAAAGUCAAGAUUCAUACUGUAAAUUCAUACACAGAAUUUAUACAUUCGUUGCCAAAUCUAGUAUCCAUAAUAGGGAAACAACGGAUGGACCCAGCAAUUAGAUUUAUGAAGUAUGCUCAUUUGAACGUUAAAUCAGGUCAAGAUAAAAAAGAUAUUUUGAAAAAAGUGUUCAGAGAAAUCGGGAAGAUACCAGAUUUGAAGGCAAAUUCAAUACUUCAAGCUUAUCCUACAUUUCAAACAUUAUUAGAGGACUUUGAAAAUGGCCAACUGAAAUCGGGUUUUGAUGGUCGACAUUUAAUGACCGAGAUGAUGGAAAAGAAACUUCAUAAGCUAUUUACAUGUAAAAAUCCCAAUGAAGCAUUAUAA